UGAGCACCAUUCCCCCAAGUCAGUACACCAAACCCACUUUAGCAUCUCCCCCAAAAGCUCUGGUAGGUAAGGACCAAAUUGGAGUUUUCACUGAUGUGAAUGGACACGUGUCACUAGUCUAACACGAGAGCACAAACAUUUGGUGCCUCGAUGGGUCAAAACAGUUAUUACAGUUAACGCGUUUUUGAAGAAUCAAAGCGUGCACCAAACAACGCGUAGCUUCUUGAAAGCUCAAUACUUUCUAAUACUAAUAACCAACAAAAACCAGCAGUAGUAGUCUUGUAAACCCAAACCCAAUUCUGUUUGUGUUCUUGGUUGUCUUGUCUUGCUGUUUCCUUCGUCUGUGUUUCCUUCCAGUGAACUAGCUAGUAGUAUAUAUAAGAAACAAGAAGAUGCUGUUGACUUUAGUAUUUCUAGCAGCUCUAUUCAUUGUUGGGGUUAUCACAACAUUCUUCAACCUAUUACCCGCCAAGAAGUUCAUAGCAUGGUAUCAAUCCUUGUUUACCACGAGUAGUAGUAAUAGUACUCAAAAUGUUUCCACCAACCAAAUUAGCAUACCUCGCGGCAAGAAGAAGGGGGAGCUGAAGAGUGUAUUCGCGACGUUUGACAAGAACAACGACGGAUUUAUAACGAAGAAAGAGCUGAGAGAUUCGCUUAAGAACAUCGGAAUCACGGUGACAGAGAAAGAAGUGGUGGAGAUGGUUGAGAAGGUGGAUUCUAAUGGGGACGGGCUGAUUGAUCUUGAUGAGUUUUGUGAGUUGUUUGAAUCUACGAUGAUGAGUAGUGGUAGUAGUAGUGGAGAUCAGCAAGUGAUUGGUGGUAAGGAUGAUGAGGAAGGAGGAGAAGGCGAUUUGAAGGAGGCUUUCGAUGUUUUCGACGGAGAUGGAGAUGGGUUGAUCACAGUGGAUGAAUUGGGAUUGGUGUUGUCUUCUUUGGGGUUGAUGGAAGGGAAAAUGUUGGAGAAUUGCAAGGAGAUGAUAAGGAAGGUUGAUAUGGAUGGAGAUGGUAUGGUUAAUUUUGAUGAAUUUAAGAGGAUGAUGAAAGCUGGUGGAAGCCUUGUUUCUGUUUCCUAAAUCAAAAGUCAUCGUUGGGGCGGUACCAUCUGAUCUGACCGUGUGAGUUUGCAGUAGGUGAACUUUGACCAAGUCAAGUCUUUCUUUUCUUUUCUUUUCUUUUCUUUUAAUUGUAAAUACAAAAUAUUCACACACUGUGUUGUGUGUACCCUGUUACUGUGCAACAUGCGUUGACUCUUUGUGUUUGAACCUAGUUCAUGUUUUUAUUUUUUUA